AGGGGAGGAAGGUAUUGCACCAUGGCUCUGUAGUAAACCGUGUUUAAUCAGACAAGUGUGGUCAAUUUACCGGCAAUCCGUCACCAUCCGCGCCUUAAUCAUGGACCUCCAGUCAAGAGGCUUGUCUUGGAGGCACAUAAAUUAUCAGUAGUAAUUUCUAACUACUGUAUUUAUUCAUUUUUUUAAAAUCUCGUGACUUCUUUUUGCCUUUACACGCUACUGGGGAUUUAAACGUUAAGUGACAGUAGCUAGCAAACAGUCCUCACGGAUCAGCACCACUUUCCCUUUGGGUCCGAGGACGUGCUUUAUUUUUGACUUGAAGAUACAGUAAAAGGCAGCAACACAAGAAGAAUAAAAAAAACACAUUUGCAAGUGCUAGCCCUCCAAGUCUUCAUAUAUAACUACAGAUAUCUGUGUCAUUUAGGAGCUGAUACACUACGUAGGGAGCGCUCCUAGUCGACAGAGAGGAGACGCAGAAGAGUAGACUAAUUCACAGUUUGGCAGGCAGGUCCGAGACCCCCUCAUGCAGAACCACGGGAAAUGAAUAAACCACCACAGCCUCUAACAGGAUCUGUCCCCCACCCUGCCCCCUCCCCCGGACUGACGCAGGGUGCCUUUCCACCUGGCCAGCCACCUUCCGUUGUCUUCGCCGCUCCACCUCCACAAAUGAACACUGCGCCGCAACCUAGACAGCCGUACUACCCAAACCGGCCCAACCUGCCCAGCAGUGCCCCGCGGGUCCAGACCGGCAGCACGCCCCGGCCGGUGGCGCCCGCCCACGUCUAUCAGCCAGCGGGCUCACAGAUGAUGAUGAUCCCACAGCAGCAGCUGCAGUUCUCCAACUCUCAGGGCGCCACCUAUUUCAUCCCCCCCUCACAGUAUCGUCCCCCCUUCAUGCCACAAACGCAGCAGUACCCAGUAUCCAGUGGAACAACUGGCUUCUACUCUGGCACCAGUCCUGCUGAUUACGGUAGUACAUAUGCAGGAACAUACUACCCAGCACAGCCUCAGUAUCCUCCCUCAGUGCAGGCCACGCCAGUCAUUAUGAACCCCGCCCAACCGCAACAGCCCCCUCCCCCACAACAAGCCCCUCCCCUACCACAGGGCCCAGUGAAGAGGGAGAGAAAGCAGAUCAGAAUACGUGAUCCCAACCAGGGAGGACGGGACAUUACAGAAGAGAUCAUGUCAGGCGGAAGAACUACCUCCACCCCCACACCUCCACAGUCUGUCGGCCCAGAAGCAGGAAACCCUGCCCAAACCAAUGGAGAAAGCGUAGCAGCUACAGCUGCAGGAAUGAGAUCAGCUGAACGAGGAAAGCUUUUGACUGUUACACCAGCUGCCUCCACCCCUCCACCUCCGUCUAAGACCCCUGAACAGACCCCUGCCGCUCCACCUGCUGCUGACGCCAAACCCGCCCCAGAGGCCAAACCUUCCCCACCCAUCAGUGAGGUGCCCAUUCCUCCGGGAGAAGAUGCAGACACUAUUGCGGCGGCAGCUCCCUCGCCUCCACCUGUGCCCACCUCAGCUCCAGAAGACACCCCCCAGGCAAAGCAGGAGGUCAGUGAUAGCGUGGAUGCUCCUGUGCCUCCAGAGGUACCUGCCCAGCCAGAGGCAACCCAGGAGGUCCCAGCUGUUGCAGAGCAAAUCACUGCCCAGGCAGAGAAGGAGGAGGAGGAGAAGGAGGAGGAGCCUAAAGCUGCCAAAGAGGAGGAAGAGGAGGCUGCAGCCAGUAAGGCCGAAUCUGUCCAAGAGCCUGCUCCUGCACCUAGCACAGACCCUGCACCUACCACGUGCAAGGAGGAGACCCCCGUCGCUGUAUCGAAUGGGAGCGAGAAGCCGGUAGCGGAGGUCACCGCCUCUCCUGCGGCUCCUGUCUCUGGGCCAGAGGUUGCUGUCACUCAGCAGGAAGAGGUGUCGCUGCCCAACGGCUUGCCUCAGGACCCCGAGGAGCUGUCCGAGGAGAAACCUGAGAGCAAUGCUAACCCCAUUGAUGAACCAGAGGUUUCUCAACAGCAGGAGAGUGCCUCUAAACCUGCGGAGGAAGAGGUAGAGGAGGAGGAAGAGGAGGAGAAAGCUGAAGAUGCUCCCUCAACAGCAGCUGGCGGUCCCACAGGGGAGACUACUAUGCAAGCCCUGACUGUGCCAAAGAAGAAGCGGAAGAUGAAAGACCUCAACAAGAAGGAGGCUGUGGGAGACAUCCUAGAUGCCUUUAAAGAGCCUGAGAAAGAGGAGUCUGUCCCCGAGCCGGCGCCCACUCAGGCCGAGGCCGCAGACCCACGCCCUGCCACGCCCCCAGCUCGGGCCCCUGAAGAGUCAGAGGAGACCUGGGAGGAGAAGGAGGAUAAACUGGAUGCAGAGAACAUUGAGCCAGAAGCUCCCAAGCCUGUGGAACAGAAAUAUCAGUAUAAAGAGGAUCAGUGGAAGCCAAUUAACCCAGAGGAGAAGAAAAGAUAUGACCGUGAGUUCCUGCUGGGUUUUCAGUUCAUCAGUGCCAGCAUGCACAAGCCUGAGGGACUGCCCCAUAUCAGUGAUGUGGUGUUGGACAAGGCUAAUAAGACCCCUCUGCGGCCUUUAGACCCCAGUCGUCUGAUGAAUUGCGGACCAGACUUCACUCCCUCGUUCGCCAACUUGGGCAGGCCGUCGGCCGGGGGAGGCAAAGGCCCACCUCUGGGACCGCGCCGCUCUCAGCAGGGUCAGCGUAAAGAGCCCCGCAAGAUCAUCGCCAGCGUGUCGCUCAACGACGACGUGCAGCUCAACAAAGCCGAGAAGGCCUGGAAGCCCUCGAUGAAGAAGCAAGUGCGUGCGCGGAGCGGCGAGGAAGAGGAGGACGACUCCGAGGUGGCCAAGACCCAGGAACUGUUCCGCCGCGUUCGCAGCGUCCUCAACAAGCUGACCCCGCAGAUGUUCCAGCAGCUGAUGAAGCAGGUGACAGAGCUGACCAUCGACACGGAGGAGAGACUCAAAGGGGUCAUCGACCUUAUCUUUGAGAAGGCCAUCUCUGAACCCAACUUCUCAGUUGCUUACGCCAACAUGUGCCGCUGCCUUAUGGGGCUCAAAGUCCCCACCUCAGAUAAGCCGGGAGUCACUGUGAAUUUUCGCAAGCUGCUGCUCAACCGUUGUCAGAAGGAGUUUGAGAAGGACAAGGAUGACGACGAGAUCUUUGAGCAGAAGCAGAAGGAGCUGGAUGCUGCCACAGAGGAGGAGGAGCGCCAGCGUCUGAACGAUGAGCUGGAGGAGGCCAAAGACAAGGCCCGCCGGCGCUCGCUAGGUAACAUUAAGUUUAUCGGCGAGCUGUUUAAGCUGAAGAUGCUGACCGAACCGAUCAUGCACGACUGCAUAGUCAAACUGCUGAAGAACCACGACGAGGAGAGCCUGGAGUGUCUGUGCAGACUGCUCUCCACCAUCGGCAAAGACCUGGACUUCGAGAAAGCCAAGCCUCGUAUGGACCAGUACUUCAAUCAGAUGGAGAAGAUCAUUAAAGAGAGAAAGACCUCUUCUAGAAUACGCUUCAUGCUACAGGACGUCCUGGACCUCCGACGGAAUAACUGGGUGCCCAGGAGAGGAGACCAGGGACCCAAGACCAUUGAUCAGAUCCACAGGGAGGCCGAGUUAGAAGAGCACAGAGAGCAGAUCAAAGUUCAGCAGCAGCUCCUCUCCAAGAAGGACAGCACUCAGGGCCGUGGGGGCCGGGCAGGGCCGCACUCGUCUGGGGCCCGUGGCAGUCAGACACAGGACGAGGGCUGGAACACGGUGCCCAUCACUACUAAGAACAGGCCCAUCGACACCAGCCGCAUCAGCAAGAUCACCAAGCCUGGUGCCUUGGACUUCAACAACCAGCUCCUGGCUCCCGGAGGCAAGGGCUCAUGGGGCAGCUGGGGUAAGGGGAGCAGCGGAGGCUCUGGAGCUAAGCCCAGCUCAGAACAAGACUCUGGUCGCCCCGCCACCAGCACGCUCAACCGCUUCUCUGCCCUACAGCAGUCAGGGCCCUCUUCCUCCUCCUCAUCCUCACUGGACUCUGAUCGCAGAGUUCCUCACAGAAGUAGCUCCAGCCGGGAUCGCAGCGAGCGAGACAGGAGUGAUCGCGACAGAGACCGCUUCGACCGCUUCGACAGGCGGGAGAGCCGCGAGGAGAGGGGGGUGGACAGAAACCGCCUGCCCGUCACUAAACGCAGCUUCAGCCGGGAGAACGAGGAGCGCAGUCGAGGAGGGGAUGGUCGCGGACCCGCGGAUCCGGUGCGCCGCGUAGCCAGCAUGACGGACGAGCGUGACCGAGGCAGCCGGGAUAGAGCCAGGAGCAAAGAGACAGUGAAACGUGAGACUGCUCCUACUCCACCUCCUGCUCCAUCCAAACCAGCUUUGAGUGAAGAUGAAGUGGAUAAGAAGUCUAAAGCCAUCAUUGAGGAGUACCUCCACAUCAACGACGUCAAGGAGGCUGUGCAGUGUGUUCAGGAACUCAACAGCACCUCUCUCCUCUUUGUGUUUGUGCGGAACGGCAUGGAGUCCACGCUGGAGCGCAGCACCAUCGCCAGAGAGCACAUGGGCCUGCUGCUCCACCAGCUCGUCAGUGUGGGAACUCUCCCCACGGAGCAGUAUUACAAAGGGCUCCAGGAGAUUCUGGAGGUUGCCGAUGACAUGGCCAUUGACAUUCCUCACAUCUGGCUGUACCUGGCCGAAAUCAUCUCCCCCAUGCUCCAGGACGGAGGCAUUCCCAUGGGGCCGCUCUUCAGGGAGGUGUCCAAACCUCUGCUGCCCAUUGGUAAAGCUGCUGUCCUUCUGGUUCAGAUCCUCAACUUAGUCUGCAAAGGACUGAGCCUUAAAAAGGCUGGGGCACUGUGGAUGGAGGCAGGCCUGAACUGGAAGGACUUCUUGCCAGAGGAUGAGGAUGUGAAUAAAUUUGUCACUGAGCAGAAAAUGGAGUUCACUCUGGGAGAGGAACCAGAGAAGCCCAGUAAGAAAGAGCUCACUGGGGAGGAGCUGACCAAGCACCUGGACAGACUGAUCCAGGACAAAGCCAGCAACCAGAGAAUCCAUGACUGGGUUGAGGCUAACUUGGACGAGCAGCAGAUGGCCUCCAACCAGUUUGUCCGAGCUCUCAUGACGUCAGUGUGUCAGUCAGCCAUUAUUUGUGAGAACCCCUACAAGGUGGACGUAGAGCAGAUUACCCAGAGGGCCAAGCUGCUGCAGAAGUACUUAUGUGAUGAGCAGAAGGAACUGCAGGCACUCUACGCCCUCCAAGCUCUCAUGGUGCAGAUGGAGCAGCCAGCCAACCUUCUGCGUAUGUUCUUUGAUAGCCUUUAUGAUGAGGAUGUGAUCAAAGAGGAGGCCUUCUACAAAUGGGAAUCCAGCAAGGACCCAGCUGAGCAAGUGGGCAAGGGCGUGGCUCUCAAGUCAGUCACCGCCUUUUUCACCUGGUUGCGGGAGGCGGAGGAGGAGUCUGACAAUAGCUAAGCCUAUUAAGACACUGCCCCCGACUGCUCAGGAGGGCUAGUGCAACAGGGGACAAACGAAGGAGGAAUUUUCAAGAAACAAACUUGAACUUUAUGAGUAGCCAAGCUUAUCUGUUAAGAGAACUUCUUGACAGAUACAAACUACAAUCAGUUUCUAUCUCCUCCAUAUUUUUUUGUUCUUUAUCCCUUGUGGCAAAUGUCCACUAAAGAAAAAUAAAAUGAGAAUAUGAAAAAAAAAACAAAAAAACAUUCUGCAGGAAUGCUUAAACGCGUUAACGGCAAAACACACUGUCAUUUAUAACGUUUUGAGAAAAGUCCUGAAAGGAUACAAACUAACGCUGCUCUUGUGUUAAUAUAAAAAUAUAUAUGCAACAUGGUAUAUGACAUGCAAACAUAAACGAUAUGGUGUGUUAUAUAUUAUGUUGAUGGGGCAUGAUGUCAUGGGUCAUGUCAGCAAGAUGACGUCAGAUCAAACAUGGAGCUCUUAAGUAGGGAUUUUUUUUUUUUUUUUUGCGUGCGUGUGUGCAAAGAGGGUUGGAGUGUUCUCUUUUUAACAUUAAAGAAGCCGACGAGCAUAGUAUUUGCUGAUUUCUCAAAAUGACAAACGGAUUUUGAGCAAAGUUUGAGCUUCCUGUUUACCACAGUGGGGACUUGAUGAAGAUCAUGGACCAUAAAGGAUGGACUUUGACCUUUUGCUGCUGGGGAAAGGUCAACAUGCUUCCUUCUGAAAAGCCAUCCACCCAUCCCCCUCCCACCCCUACCACCACCCCUCCCCACGGAGUCUCAGCAGUUUACCUCUGUGUAAAAACUGUCAGGGUCUUCAAAAAGCCUUGUUGAGCAAGCCUGCAGUGGAUUUUUAAAGAUGAAAAUCAUAAUUAAAACUUGAAACUUAGAGGAAUUGACUUGAUGAAAUGAAAACAGUAAUGAUCCUAAAGCUUUUCUACUUUCUAAGUGGAAACACAUUUCAGGAGCGUUCUGUACAUAUAUAUGAAAGUUUUUUUUUUCCUUUUUUUGGUUUUAUUUUUCAGAAAUAAAAAAAAAUAUCUGAUGUAAUGCCAUGUAUUUUUUUCCAGCAAAAAAUGGCAAACUCUCCCUGUAUUUAAGAUGUUUUCUUCCAGAUGGUAAGAGGUGCUUAAAUUAAUCCAUUGAUUACCGUUUUAUUGAAAAAUUUGUAAAUAUUUUUUUGCUUUCUUUAUUAUUUAAGGACUUAAUGCUUCUUUCGCAUCAGAAACUGGAAACGCUGGAUAAACAACAUUGCAAAUAAAAGACUAUCAAGUUGC